GACAUCUCCGAGCUUCUGAACGGCGACAAUGUCUAAUUCAACCAGUUCCACUUCCUCCACCAAAAGCAUGAGGAGAGCUGGCUCUGAACUGGAACGAUCCGACUCCAUCACGUCUCAGCGGUUCGUGGGGCGCAGACAGAGUCUGAUCGAGGACGCGCGGAAGGAGAGGGAAGCGGCGGCGGCGGCGGCGGCUGAAGCGGCGGAUGUGAGCGACCACAUCGUGUUUGAGGAGGACGAUGGAAAAGCGCUGCUUAACCUCUUCUUCACCCUGAGAGGCUCCAAAGCUCCGGCCCUCUCUCGCACUCUCAAGGUCUUCGAGACCUUUGAGGCUAAGAUGCACCAUAUUGAGACCAGGCCGUGCCGUAAACCUAAAGAUGGCCUACCGGACUUGGAUUAUUUUGUGCGCUGUGAGGUUCAUCUAUCAGAUGUAAAUACACUCAUCAGUUCUUUGAGAAGGAUUGCAGAUGAUGUCAGGACCACUAAAGAGGUGAAAUUUCACUGGUUUCCAAAGAAAAUUGCAGAACUGGAUAGAUGCCAUCACCUGGUGACAAAAUUUGAUCCAGACUUGGAUCAGGAUCAUCCUGGAUUCACCGACCCUGUUUACAGAAAACGACGAAAAGAGAUUGGGGAGAUUGCUUUCAAGUAUAAGCAUGGGGAGGCCAUCCCUAAAGUGGAGUACACACAAGAGGAAACUGAAACUUGGAGAGAGGUCUACACUACCCUCAGAGAACUGUACACCACCCAUGCGUGUAAUGAGCAUUUAGAGGCUUUUAGACUGCUGGAGAAACACAGUGUUUACAGCCCUAAUAGCAUCCCUCAACUAGAGGACGUCUCAUGCUUUUUGAAAGAGCGUACAGGAUUCCAACUGAGGCCUGUGGCAGGUCUUCUGUCAGCUCGAGAUUUUUUGGCCAGUCUGGCAUUUCGUGUGUUCCAGUGUACACAGUAUAUUCGGCAUGCCUCUUCACCCAUGCACUCCCCUGAACCGGACUGUGUGCAUGAACUCCUGGGACAUGUUCCUAUGCUGGCUGAUAAAACAUUUGCUCAGUUUUCCCAGAAUAUUGGUCUUGCCUCUCUUGGUGCCUCUGAGGAUGACAUUGAGAAAUUGUCAACACUCUAUUGGUUCACAGUGGAGUUUGGUCUCUGUAAGCAGGGUGACACAGUGAAAGCUUAUGGAGCAGGACUUCUUUCCUCCUACGGUGAACUUGUGCACUCACUUUCAGACGAAACAGAGAGACGAGAGUUUGAACCAGACACUGUAGCUGUUCAGCCAUACCAAGAUCAGACCUACCAGUCUGUCUAUUUCGUAUCAGAGAGUUUUUCUGAUGCUAAAGACAAAAUGAGAAUGUAUUCAAUGAAGAUUAAGAGGCCAUUUUCAGUGCGUUUUGACCCUUACACAAACAGCAUAGAAGUUCUUGACAACCCAUUGAAGAUCAGAGGAGGACUGGAGUCACUGAAAGAUGAACUGAAGAUCCUUGCAGAUGCCUUGAGUGUACUGGCCUGAGUUGACCAGUUUAUACCACCUGCUGUUCUGACUCUCAAUGUUUACUAUGUGGCACUGUUUUUUACAUUGUGUUUGUUGUACUUUUCUGCUGCAGCUAAACGUGUUGGUUUUAAAAAAGCUCAGUGGCAACAAAAUGACCUCAUGCUGGAAUUUGUUUCCAAAGACCUUACUUUUAUUUUUCUGUUAAAAAGACUCUCUCAUAUCAAAUAAUUGAAACCCUAAUUUAGAAGACACAGUGGCUUAGUGGUUAGGAAUGUCACCUUAUACCUGCAGGGUCUGGGUUCAAUUCCUGGCCAGAUUCGAUUCCUGCCUCUGUGUGCAUGGAGUUGGCAUGUUUCUCCCUGUGCUUGGUGGGUUUCCUCUGUGUACUCCGGUUUCCUUCCACUAUUCAAACAGUGCAUAUUAGGUUAAUCGGCAAUCCCAAGUUGCUCGUAGUGUGUGUGUGUGUGUGUGUGAGGGUAUGUAUGUACUCUGCGAUGACUUGGCACCCUGUGCCCUAAGUUUCCUGGGAUAGACAGCAGACCCCUUGACCCUGUACACAGGAUAAAGCGGUAUAGACAAUGAGUGAAUAAGACCUAAUAUAUACAAAUUAUAUGUGCGGUAUAUUAUUAUUCAGUAUAUUAUCAGCAUAUGUGUAAAAAAAAUCUUGCUUACAGCUUGUUUAAUUGUGCUUUUUUUCUAAUUGUGAAUCUAAACAAGACUGACAAGAGCAGUAAAAUCUGUUUUAGUAGCACAGUAAUUAUGCUUGAGCUAUUAUUUGCAGGUGGAUGCAUGUUUUGCAUUAUAGUGGCUGAUAUCAAAUGGCAUUUUGGCUCUAAUUGCAUUGAGGCAAUCAGGUGCUAGUAUUACAACAACAGUAAUUAUCAAUAUCAUAUACAAUUAAACUA